AUGGCCCCAGCCUUCACUCACGUCCUCCCGGGUCUACCCGGUGAAUUCACAAACGGGCCCGUGUACUCGACUACCAACACACCUGCUGCGCCUACGGGAUCCGCGGUACCGUGUUCGGGUGCUGGUUCUGGUGCUGGUGGGUCGUAUGGGGGUUCCUACGGGGGCUCCUAUGGUGCAGGUGUGUAUGGAGUUAAAGGAGGUUCGUAUGGCAACCCGGGUGCCGAUUCGCCGUGUACCUUGCGGACGGUUGUUAGGCCUUCUGCCAGCAGUGGGCCCUCGUAUUAA